GCUGUGGCAACGCGGGGAAGAGGAAGCAUACUUAAAAUGGGAUGUAAACAAGUAGUUUUCAUUCGAAAAAAGGCUUUACUGUCACCAAAGUCAAUAAAAAAUAAUUGCCACAAGCCUGGAAAAUGAAACCUUCGAUUCCCGUUACCGAGAGAAGGCUUGCCUUUGCGGCCGAGUGGUACCACGCGGAGGCAGGCAUCAUUCGCCCAUUUUUGAUCACCUACUAUGUGUCAGACAAGGCGGUGGAAGUAUUUGACCAGCGAAACAAGCGCACAUUUUUGCGCAGAACCAAGAUACCGGAGCUGACCCAGCGCGAUUUUUUCGUGGGAUCCAAGAUAAAUGUUUUUGGCAGGCAGUUUGAUAUCGUAGAUUAUGCGGAUGAAAUAACGCGCACCAACUUGGCAAAGUAUCGCAAAAAGGGUUUCAUUUUGUUGAAAAAUAACAUGUGGGCCAAACAUCUGGGACAUUUUCUGAAGGUUAUGAUAGACAACAAAAUCAACAUAAAUAAGGGCCUUAUGGUGCAGUUCUCACCGAAGAUGGUCACCCAGUUUCUGUCUGGGAAGGAUGUUUCCUCAUCUUCAGUUCUUAUGAAUGAGUUGCUGGCGGGUCCUGCCAUUAGCCUGGAGCUGAUUGGAGACAACGUAACAGAGACGAUCAAAGCCUGUGCCACCUACAAGAAUCCUGAGCACGAGGCAUCCAACAUCAAGCUUUCUCCUAGCCUGGAGGAAUUAUGCGAAUGCGAGGAGAUUCGGAACGGAUUUUAUUUCGCCGAUAAUGAAGAGGAUGUGGCCAAGGACCUUAAAUUUUUCUUUGAACCGGGUCAAAGCAUUAUAAAGGAAUGCGUGUUCAAGAAUACCACGUUGGCAAUUAUUAAACCUCACAGCAUCAAGGAUGGCCUUCUCGGUGACAUUAUAUUGGAGAUCAUGUCCAAUGGAUUUCGAGUGACAGCUAUGCGCAUGAUCCUAAUGGCUCGCAUCAAUUGUGAAGAGUUCUACGAGGUCUACCGCGGCGUACUGCCAGAGUACAUUCCGAUGGUGGCGCAAUUGGCCAGUGGAGUGUGCAUGUGCUUGGAGAUUGCUUCAUCGGAUCCGGAGAAAGACGUUCACCAAGAAUUUCGCAACUUUUGUGGACCCAUGGAUCCGGAGAUUGCUAAGCUACUUCGCCCUCAUACGUUACGCGCGAAGUUUGGCAAGUCCAAGGUACAAAACGCCGUUCACUGUACCGAUUUACCUGACGACACAAACCUGGAGCUGCAGUACAUGUUCAAGAUCAUCGACUGACCUAGAUAUUUGUUGCUUCGAUUUUAUUUGUUCUUAGUUUUCGUGUGUGUGCAAGUGUGCGAGUCCCAAUAAAUUAAUAGUGCAAUGUA